GCCAAUCCGCCGCCAUCUUUCUUACCCGGAAGGACUUUUGGAGUCCAAUUAAUGAUCCGAACGAUGCCGAACGGGUGGAUUUGCCGUUCGAUUCAUUGAGCGUUCGUUCACUCUCUGGAAACGACGGUAAUGAGGAAGCUACUGCCGUGUGUCCAAAAGAGAGUUCAGAUGCGCAACAAAGUUUAAUCCAACAACUGAAGGUCACCCAUAUCUUUGAAGAAAGUAAAGAACAAGGGAUUAUGGAACCUGACUUUCGGAGCAUGGAAAAAGGGCCCGAAUGGCAAAGAGAGGGCCAACCAAAUGAAGAUUGGCUCGAGCAAAGUCUGGACAGCGCCCCCACAAUGCCUUUGCGUACUUCACACGACACCAGAGUCUAUUCAAAGCUGCCACCUAUUAUGCCGAAGAUGCGCUUUAGUCCGAGUGUGAACACAAUCAAUUCCCACCAUAGAACCGGCUCCACUGAUUUCUUGGCACAGAUGGACGAUAAGACGGGGACGAGACCCAAUUAUAAGACAUACAGCCUGAAAGAAUACAAGGAGUUGAUGCUAGAUGUGAAGCUGCAAGGUCUCGGUCCUGACUACGCAAUAGUUCAAAAGAAUACUGAGAAGAUGACCCAACAGAAGCUGUAUUCAAACGCGGUUCGCGAGAGGAACAAAAACAUCCGAAAAAUCCCCUUUCUGUUGGCCAAGGACCCGGUGGGCAAAGACGGGAAAAUCGCCAGGAUGAAGGCUUUGGAGUACGCCAGAACCAUAGCCAAGCCUGUCAUUCAGCCUCCUCAAGCAAAAUCCAAUCAAAAACAAGAGUCAGCACAUUCCGUCACGCCUUGUUUCGAUGGCGGCAACAUUUCCCCCACGGCUAAAGUUGACCUUCUUACCAAACGUCACCAAGAAGAAAAAGAGGCCCUCCUCAGAAAGGUGCACGUCAUAUGAGGGGGGGAAAUGCGUGGCAGUCGUCAAUAAACGCAAGAUGAUGCAUUU